GAUAAAGAAAUGGAACAAGAUAAUCCCGAGUCAUUACAAUCUCCUGCUAUGAGUGACAUCGAAAAUGGUGAAGAAGUUUCAAAUAAAGUACCCGAAGAGAGUGAACAAGACGAGAAUAGUAUGAAUGUAAAUGAAGCCGAGUCAUCAUCAGCACCAGAACCAGAGAUAAGGAAACAUGAUAAUGUUGUGUUACUGGACAGCUCAUCGGAAGAUGAAAAAGAAAAUUCUCCAAAUAUUCAGCUAGAAACGGAGGAACCUAAUCUAAAGGAUACUACUAAAUGUACCUCUGGAUCGCCACCGAAGGAAAAAUCUACAGAUAAGAUAGUGGAAAAAAUGGAUAAUGACAAAAUUAGUUCACCGAAGAAAGAUAAAAAGCAAGCGUCAAAAAUCCCAAUCGGCUUAGAAGUUUUUAAUGUUGAUUCAGACGAAGAAGAAUUAGAAGAGAAAGACAAGGCGGAACCGGCUAAAGUUGAGAAACCAGCAGCCAUAAAAUGUGUCAACCCUAGGUGUCAGAGUCCAAAUGACACCAAAUUCUACGCGGCUGAUGCUGACGUGUUGAAGUUCUAUGAGAUGGAGCAUAAGAAGAAGGCAGCGGUCUGUGAAACUUGUGCCAAUGUCUUUGAUAAACAUCUUCAGGAUUUGUUAAAUAGAUUUAAGAACUUCACUCCGCUAUUGGAUCUUCAUACAGGAAAAUCUAAUCAAGAUCUCGUCGAGAUAUAUGAUUCCGAAUCUGAGGAGGAAGAUGAGAUUAAAGAAGAUGGAGAAAAGAUUGGCACAUCUGUAGCUAAAUUUCUAGAAGAAAAUUUGGCAGAUGUGUUUAACACAUCAUGGGAAAAAUACAAAAUGGACUCCCGGCUGGCUGUCUCAGAAAAUGAACUGCAACAAGAGUUAAAUAAUUUACAAGUACAGACAAAAGAAAUUGACAAAAUAUUGAAAGAGUGUCAAGCAGCGACUGACACACUACGCAAUAACCUGUAUGCCACAUUUGAGGUGGAUCGCAAGACGUUACCAGCUAUUACAAUAAUUGACACACCUACCACUAUGUACUGCUGCUAUGAGGAUAACCAAAGUAACCAAGAGCCGCCUCAGACCCGUUUGAAGCGUCGCCUAAUGACCAAUACUGAAACUCCCGCUAAAAGAUUAUCGACGUCCGACAAUAAAGCUUCUAAACAGGAAAAAAUCAUUGAUGGCACUGCAGUAGAUGCUAUUAACGACGAUAAUGUGGACGUAUCAGUGGUGAAGUUGUCGCACGAGCCGGCGCCGGCGGAGCUGCCCCCGCGCGGUGCCAUCAUCAAGCCCCCGCUGCGCGCCGGCAUGGCGGUCUACGCUAUGAAGACCACAUUCGGCCUAUGGAUCAAAGCCAAGAUCAUCGAAGUUUAUCCUAAACUGCCGACGACAAAGUUCACGAAUUGUCGCGUGAAGUUCGAGUACAAGUUGAACAAGAAUGUUACUAAGAAUGUGACAGCUCGCCGUCUCGCAUUCUCAGAACCACCUGACGUACGUCUUAUAAUUGGUACAAGAAUAAUUGCGUGUGCAGAAAAGACCGAUUCUUUCUAUUCGGGCGUUGUUGCCGAGGUGCCGAAUCCUGUUAACAAGUUUAGGUAUUUGGUGUUCUUCGAUGACGGGCACGCUAAGUACGUGCAGCACGCGGACACGCGGCUUGUGUGCGAGUGUUCGCGUAGCGUGUGGGAGGAGGUGCAUCCUUACUCGCAGGAGUUUGUGCGUCAGUACCUCCUCGCAUACCCCGAGCGACCAAUGGUGCGUCUGCGACCCAAGCAACACCUCAAGACUGAAUGGCAAGGUCAAUGGUGGAACUCUCGCGUGCUGCAAGUGGACGCGUCUCUUGCGGAGAUCGAGCUGGCGGGCAAGCGGCGCGAGUGGAUCUACCGCGGCUCCACUCGCCUCGCCCCGCUCUACCUCGAGCUGCAGGCUGCAGAGAGACAUCGCACUCGGCCCAUGCCACGCUCUGGACCACAGGUCAAGUCGAACAUGCCGUACGUAGAGUACACACGUUAUGACGAGCCUUCCAAGUCACCAACAGAAACGGCGCAACAGAUCGAGGAGAUGCGUCGUCAACGCGCCGUGGCCAAGAAGUCAACAGCUCUGAGUCAGCCGCCGCCGCAACCGCCCAAUGUAGUCCCAGUGGAAAACAUCCUCUCUAGAGUCGUGCACUACAAGCCUAAAAACGCAGUGCGUCCGCUCCGCAUGGUGCCACACGAGUGCGGCCCUCAGUGUCGGCGCAGUGACGUGUUACCAUUGAAGGACCUGCGCACAUACAACCCACUCACUAAACCACUGCUUAGCGGAUGGGAGAGGCAACUGAUCCGGUACAAGGCGAACAAGAUAGUGAUGUACCGAGCGCCGUGUGGCCGGCGACUGCGCGACAUGCCCGAGCUGCAUCGCUACCUGCGCCUCACAGGUUCCGACAUGGCCGUAGAUCUGUUCGACUUCAGCCCCACCACUCACUGCCUCGCCGAGUUUGUGCUCAAUAACUGUAUUAUUGGCAAAAAGGACUUGUCUCACGGCAAGGAGAUGGUGCCGGUGCCGUGUGUGAACUACUACGACAGCUCGUUGCCGGAGUUCUGUUCCUACAACACGGAGCGCACCCCCACAGCCGGCGUGCCGCUCAACCUCGACCCUGACUUCCUCUGCGGCUGCGACUGCGAAGACGACUGCGAGGAUAAAAGUAAAUGUGCUUGCUGGAAGAUGACGCUAGAGGGCGCGCGCACUAUCGGCAUGGAGGGCGACGUGGGCUACGUGUACCGCCGCCUGCCGGAACCUCUGCCUUCCGGCAUUUACGAAUGUAACUCUAGGUGUAAAUGUCGUAACACAUGUUUGAACCGAGUCGCGCAACAUCCUCUACAGUUAAAACUACAGGUUUUCAAAACUGAUAGAAGAGGUUGGGGUAUCCGGGCAUUGAAUGAUGUCCCCAAAGGUGCCUUCCUCUGCGUGUACGCGGGAAAUCUGCUCACUGACGCCACAGCUAACUUGGACGGACUGAACGAGGGCGAUGAGUACUUGGCUGAGUUAGACUACAUCGAGGUGGUGGAGGCCAUGAAAGAGGAUUACGAGGAGGACGUACCUGAAGCACUCAAGGAAAAUGAUCAGGUAAUAUCCUUCAAGAACGGUUCCAACGAGUCCUCAGAGGAAGAGGAGGAGUCGAGUGAAGAGGAGGAGACGAAGACGAAAUCGUCUAAAGAUGAAGAUGAUGAAUUCCGUCCCAGUUACGUUGAUGUGCCGUUAACGUUCAAUAAACAUUUGCGUACUCGAGAUAAACGCAAGAAAGAGAAGCAAGAUAAUUCAAAUGUAGAAAUAAAGAAAGAGAAAGAAAAAGAGAUCGAAAAGGAGGUAGAAAAGGAAGAGAAAAAAGAAAUCAAAAAGGAUGCAGACAAUGAGAAUGGAGAUGAAGACUGUAUAACUAUAAGUGACGAUGAAGAAGUGCGGGAACCGUCGCGUUUCUCAGUACAGGCUGGGAUGGACUCGAAGCAGUUAGUCUCAAAACAUAGGUCCGUUCGUUCGUACUUCGGCAAGGACGAGGCGUGUUAUAUCAUGGACGCCAAGGUGCAGGGCAACAUUGGACGAUAUCUAAACCACUCUUGCUGUCCCAACGUGUUCGUGCAGAAUGUAUUCGUGGACACACACGACCCACGUUUCCCCUGGGUGGCCUUUUUCGCAUCUACCCACAUUCGUGCGGGCGUCGAACUUACUUGGAACUACAACUACGACGUGGGCUCCGUCCCUGGUAAGGUGCUAUAUUGUUACUGCGGCGCUAACAACUGCAGAGGCAGGCUGCUGUAAACAUCUCAUUAAUAUGUCCAGAUAAUUUGUUGGUUUACAGCCGAACGCAAUAAUUAGGAUGAACUUUUUU